AUGGUAGCAUUGAAAAACCAUCAGAGAUCAAACCAGUAUAACAUUCGCCUGUUGUUAGCCGAGCGCGAACCAAACACAACGUCUUCAAGCCUCGCCUCGACUCUGCUCCUGUUCCCCACACUGGCCUAUCUUGACCUUUCAUACACCACGUCUGCCAGAGAUCGCGCCGUUCUAUGCUCCCUAUCUCAACUUGAGUAUCUCCAAGUGUUGAAACUACGCGGCAUUGGGUUGAAAGACAACGAUGCCGAAUUUCUGGCCAACGCGAUUGGACACCGGGUCCGUUAUCUUGAUCUGAGAGACAAUUUGCUUACCGAUAUGGCAGUCCGCUCUUUAAUGGAGGCCUCUUUCCUUCCUCCAAAUAGCAGAGCCCAGCCAAGACCGAGACGCACCGGAACUUCACCAGACCCGGUCUCUCAAUCUAUACUCCAUGGGUCUGGCUCGGAUCUUUUCAAACGCCCAGAUCUAGAUGAACAAUUCAUGAGACUUCUCGCUCAGCCAAUCUCAUACCAUCCAUGGGUUGAGGACUUACCACAUACCGGAAUUACUCAUCUAUACAUCACAGGAAAUCUGAUUUCGAUAGAAGGUGUGGCAAGCCUCUUAGCCUCCUCGCGAUUGCAUGCUCUUGACUUUGGCACCCUCAAAACUCCAGAUGUGGCACGCAAGGUCCUCAAAUUUGGAGAGAAAUACCCGGGAGCUGAAAAACUGGUACCACUCCUGGGCAAAGUCGCAGGAGAUAAUUUAAUCUAUUUCCGAGCACACCAUGCAGUCCUCACUGCAGAACCACCAUGCAAAGACGCUGCAUCAACUGCAGAGUUUCUACCUGAGCUCUCAACACAGGAAAAUCAUAUUGAAAGUGAUGACGCCGAAGUGUCGGAAGCUGCUGAAUUGGACGCAGCUCAACAGAUCAAUGAGUUAUCCGAAGAAACACGAGCUAUCUAUGAGCUCGCUGAUACGUCUAUCGACGACUCAGUGACCUCGGCCCCUGAUUUGCCCCAUAUCCAAGAGCCGACGACCAAAGACGAAGAGCCACAACUACCCAAGCGUGGACCAGCCUUUGCCCCAGAAGUCGUGCAUCCGAUACCAAUGCGGAGUGCAAACGGUAAUAACAUGCUGGGCCGCUCUGAAACAGUCAUAUCUUUCUCUGAGACGACAGGAGGAGACACAUUAUCAUCAGUUUCAACAUCAGAGUACAUGCUGGCUACUAGUUCUUCCCUCCAGACAUUACAAUGUAGUUCCCCGACAUCGACAGACGAUACUAGGGGGCAAAGGAUCCAAGAAUUGCUAGCCAAACGACCUCGAAAUCAAUCUAUCCCACUGCAAGGAGGAAAAGAAAGCCGGUUUCCUUACCUCCACCCAUCACAUAUUCCUCACACGGAAACCCUAGUUUUGACUGAUGUACCGUCUCACGUGGCGCCCAACUCAUCCAUCAUUCCAGCUCUCAUACGAUUCAUCACUGCUUGCUCUAAUGAAUUCUUGUUGGCAACUCUACAAGCCGGAUCAGAUUAUUCUCUCCCACCAGGACAAGCACGCAUGCGAGCCGAACAGCAGCGAUCACGAUCUCUGUUUGGAUUACGGCGAUUAGUCCUCGAAAUCACGCCCGUCGACACAAAGCUAACCUCAUGGAAACCCGGAAAUCAAUACAAUGCCACAGGCCAUUCAAGCACCGGUGACCGUGACUCGGAGAAUCUUUGGUCUGCAGCAGUGAAUGAUUACAGUUUCUUUGGGGAAGAAGAGUGCGGAGUCCCUGAGAAUGAUCCGGGCAAAUACUUCCCUAUGGCUGUCCUGAAUGAGAAGGUCUCGCUUAUGCCAGAUGAUGACUCGGCUCUUUCGCCUGAUUCCCCACGUCUUGGGCGUCAUCCUUCGCAAAGAAAUGCUCACUCUCUAAGUCAACCAGGGAAAUCGGAGAAGGACAAGCAGAUACAAUCUCUUGACCUUGUUGCGGAGGUUGCGGCCUUCCGCCGGGCCAAAAAGGCCGAGUAUGAGGCUGUGGUGCGUCGUGAGAGAGGACGACGGAGCACAUUUGGAAGCAAUGCUUCCAGCCUUUCUCCAUCAGCACCACCGGUUUCUCUGACUACGUUUGUCGAAGGUCAUUGGAAGGGGGAGGUCAAGGUUGUGCGGAACCCCAAGCCCAACAUGCGGACUGGAAUAGUCGACAUGUAUGGGAACUAUUUUGAGAAGGGAUACUUAUACCCGUGA